CGGCCCGGACAAAAUGGGACAUGGCUCGACAAUCCAAAGAGACGAUGAUCAAGGCCGGACCCGUCGACAAUUGGAAGCAACUUUUUCCGCUGACAGCGAAAGCGCUUGGGGUGGCUACUGUCGCAGCUGGAGUGAUAGCGACAAGCGUACCGGGUUUGAACGUCGGCAUGUCCAUCUGUACCGCAAUCUGCGAGGCCUUCAUAGAGUGGACGUCGAGGAAUUCCGUCUUUAAGGCUUCGGAUGAAGUCACCAACAAGAUGAAUAAUGCGCUCCAAGCCACACUAGCCCUCGAGGAUGAACGAAUCGCGAACGCCCAAUAUUGCACUAGUCCGGCAUACAUUGAGAGUGUCGAAACCUACUCUGCGGGUUUGCGAGGUCUAUUGGAUCUUCAGAGUAAGAGAAUGAAGAAGGAAAUGGCGAAGACAAGCACAACGCAGAGGUACAAGGACGAGAUGAUGGAAGACAUGCUGGGGGAGGUGUUGGACAGGCAGGCACGCCGAGGUGAUGAAUGCGUACAGGAACGAGAAGAUAUUGUACCGGCAGUUAGAGUCCUUGUCUUCACUACUCGAGUCCAUCAGGGUGGGUGCAAAUGGCGCCCCAUCUGCAUCGACUGCCGCCGGUUCUAUGAGAGACGGCGAUGAGAAGGACGACAAAUCAGACGAAGAGAAGGGUGACUUAGACUACGAGGACGGAGACGAAGAGAACAGUGCCUAUUCCUUGGAGUGCUCUGGUGGCCAAGAACCGUCGUGACUUCUUGGAUGUAGGAGGCGUAGUCUGCGUAGCCAAGCAGCUACCCACCUAUAUGUAGCUAGGUGGAAGCUUAUGACCUCGUGUCCUGACAUUGUCGAAUGUAUUGUGGAACAUUUUUCACAGUCGUUUGUGUGACAUGCAAGCACACACCGGCGUGCACGUAACUAGAGUACGUGUGGGUUCAGUACCGUUUGGGGCCGUUGAGGGUUUCCCCGGAGUGGCAAAAGGCGCGGAUGUGCUCGUAGGCCGGUAGUCGCUAUUGCCGGUUGACAACAGUCAAUGUGGCAGUCUUCUGUAUGUAUGUAUCAUUUUCGCACCUUUUCGGUCCUCCUUUGGUUUGUUCACGUUCUGCCUCUGAAAUACUUUUUAGUCCAGACAGCAGUAGUAUAAACUUUUCAUGUUGGCGCUGGGAUUGCCUCGUUCCAUAAAGCAAUAUUUUUGCUGCCCCGAACAACGACAACCAUUGUCUUUGGUCGUGGGUGAACUUGGCCACCACGACCGGUAUAUGAAUUCAGGCCGUUUUUAGUGCAGCAGAUCUUGUCGUCUACAUGAAAUGCAUAUUUAUCUGCGUUGUUCAUGAUUUCGCCAAAUUAUCGGGUCGGCGUGGUGUGGUCUCCUGUCAUUGAAGAUCGGCGCACAAAGCAGUGAAUGAAUCCGUUCGUUGGUGUGAGAGUGGAGAGUGUUGCGUGCGUGUAAUUCAACCCUAUUGGCGUGCCGUCGUAUGUGGACGAUACCUGUAGUACGCGCCGCAGGUUGAAGAAGUCUACAUCAAGCGCAGGUAGGUGCUCAGUUAUUAUGAAUCCUACUCUCAUACCUGCACUGUCACUGUUGGGGUGACCAUGCAUUCCCUACAGAAAAUGUUCUACAAUCGUGGCGCGUACUGCGUGAAUCUGUCUGUGUAGACUAGACCAGUGGGUGAUUGGAUAGAGAAUGGGAGAAAGACAGUAGCCUACGUGAUUCUCGGCCUGGCGCAGGGAAAUGGGAAAGGGUGGGAGGGCCGAACAAGACCAGUCAGAUAGUCACUCAAUUCGAAGGACAGCAGUCGGCUCUAUACCUUCGAAUCACAUAUAUGCCUGGCAAUGCCCACUCAGCGGGCGUGUUUACCCCGACGCAAGGUCAGGUAUGAAGUACAGGUACUGCGCCAAUCGCAUAUCAACUUCCUCACUCCAAGUGCUUAUGCACGGGCGCUAACUGUUUUUUUUCGGUCGGUGGGAGAAGCCAACACGUCGUCGUUUUUCACCCGCGCGGCAUACAGGUGCCACCGCUCUUCGUAAGACCUGCCUGCACCUCCAGGAUGCUGCCGCAGCAGCAGCAAGUGAUUCCUCCAUUGCAUGCAAAUGCAAAAAAUUGACCGGCAUUCUGUACUUGUCAUACCUCGAGUGAAUUCGUUGCACUUCCAGUGAUUUUUGAACGCGUGGUCGGGGGGACAGUUGGGAC